AUGCCUCCGAAGGUGGAGCUGCGGAAUCUCAAUCCGCAGAGCAUGGCCAAGUUUUUUUCCGAGUCUACGUACUCGGACAAGCGUGCCUCCCGCGAGUCCUUGGCCAGUACGACGGCCACUUCGGGAGCUGGUGAUGGUGCUAUGGUAGGCGGAUCUAAAGGAUCGGGGCCCGCCAACGCCAAAGGCAAAGCUACCAAAGGCGAGCUCGCGAAGGGCAAGGCUGGAUCAGGGGGGCAGGCAAACCCUGGCAAGGGCAGCCUCGCGAAGGGCAAGGCUGCUGGAGCAGAUGAUCACACAAACCCUGGCAAAGGCAAGAUCGCGAAGGGCAAGGCUGGAGCAGGGGAUCAGGCAAACCCUGGCAAGGGCAAGAUCGCCAAGGGCAAGGCUGGACCAGAUGAUGAGGCAAACCCUGGCAAAGGCAAGACCGUGAAGGGCAAGACUGAUCAGGCACACCCUGGCAAGGGCAAGAUCGCGAAGGGCAAGGCUGGACCAGAUGAUGAGGCAAACCCUGGCAAGGGCAAGAUCGCGAAGGGCAAGGCUGGAGCAGGGGGUCAGGCUAACCCUGGCAAGGGCAAGACCGUGAAGGGCAAGGGUGGAGCAGAUCAGGCAAACCCUGGCGGCAAAGGCAAGACCGUGAAGGGCAAGGGUGGAGCAGAUGAUCAGGCAAACCCUGGCGGCAAAGGCAAGACCGUGAAGGGCAAGGCUGGAGCAGAUGAGCAGGCAAACCCUGGCAAAGGCAAGACCGUGAAGGGCAAGGCUGGAGCAGAUGAGCAGGCAAACCCUGCUGGCAAAGGCAAGACCGUAAAGGGCAAGGCUGCAGGAGCAGAUGAUCAGGCAAUCCCUGCUGGCAAAGGCAAGAUCGCGAAGGGCAAGGCUGGAGAAGGGGAUCAAACAAACCCUGCUGGCAAAGGCAAGCUCGCGAAGGGCAAGGCUGGAGCAGGGGAUCAGGCAAACCCUGCUGGCAAGGGCAAGGUCGCGAAGGGCAAGGCUGGAGCAGAGGAUCAGGCAAACCCUGGCAAAGGCAAGACCGUGAAGGGCAAGGGAGGUGGCCAGGGAAUGGCAGGCAAAGGCAAGCCAGGAUCCGCAAAGUCAAGUGGCAAAGGUACCAUUGACCCCGAUGCCGAAGAGUAUGAGGAGGUCCAGGUGGAGGAAGUGGAGUGUGAGGAACACUGCGACGAAGAGGUGGAGGAACCGGAGGAGGAAAACGAUCAGGAUGAUGAUGACUUGGUGGAGGAUGAUGAUGAUCCUGAAGGAUCUGGUGAUGGAGGUGAAGACCUUGAGGAGGGGUGGGGUGACGAGGACGAGUGGGGUGACGGGUGCGAGGAGGAGGCCGAGACCGAUGACGAAGGUAUCCCCACUUCCGGCUAUGCGGAUGAUGGUCAGGAUGCUGCCGAAGCCGAUCCUGCAGCGGGCCAUGUCGAGCCUCAGUGUCCGUUCGGAGCCGUCUUCCUCUAUGUCAGAGUCCUGAGCCCUGAAGAAAGAAAGCAGAUCCAGGCAAUGACGCACCCGAAAGAAAUGGAUGCCGGGGAACGCCGUCGGCAGCGUGAAGCCAUGAAGCGGCGCAUGUCGCAUCCUCAAGGACUUCCUGCCGGCUUGCUCGAGAAGUGGGAAGCAACCACCUCUACGACCGGCAAGUUUGAAUUCUUGAAAGCGUUUAUGCUCGACGAGAACAUGACUUCCAUGCACAUCGAAGCGGAGUACAAAGAGUACUCGGAGAAGCGCCAGGAAGGUCAUUACAUUGAGCUCCCGCUCCACGAACUAGAAGAGAAAUACAACAAGACAGAAGAAGGCCGACGAUUUCUUCGUGAUGAUAUCCUGGCCAAACAGACUGGUCGCGAGCACCCACAAGCAAAAGGCAAUGCUGCAUGGCGCUUGUAUAAGAUCUACGAACACGGAAAAGAGAUCAGCGCCAACGUGACCAAGGUGGGCACAAAGACGAGAGUCAAGAAGAGCAUCGGCAAAGCGGACACGGCCACGAGAAAAAAACUCGCGGAGGUCUUGACCUCCCAAGGUGCCGACCAUGUGAAGGGCACGGAGGAGAGCAAGAAGCCGAAACCGAACAAGGUUCUCACGGAAGAGGAGGUGAAGAAACGUGAUUUCGAGAAAGCCAUGACCCAGCUCCUUGCCCUAGCUGGCAAAGCCAGAUUGGUUGCCCAGAACCUCAAUCGGUCGGGCAUGGAACGCCAAGAGGCCAACAUCCAGCACAUGCAGGAGGUGCAUGCACAGACGAUGAAGAUUCAUGGCGAGAUCAACGAAUAUGUCUUCAAUGGCCACGACGAUGAGACUGUCUACGCGAAAUUGGACGAGAAAAAAUCCGAAAUCGAGGCAGCCAACAAGGCCGUCCUGCAGGCGGAGGAUGUUGUCGCGGGUCUGGCUUCGGAGAAGCGGAAGAGGGAGAAGGCUGCUAAGGCAGGCGAUUCCGACGGUACCGAGCACUACGACUACGAGGGCUACGACAAUGAUGGCUCAUGGAAUGACCAGUGGGAGGUAUGCAGAAGAGUGACAGCCAUGGACUCCAAAAAGCCACGAUCAGAUCCAGGUCUGGGCAUCCGCGAGUAUGUGGAGCAAACCAUCUUGGUCACAACAUUUCAACUAUCAGUGCAGGCCAACCUGAAGAGACAAGCCUUGCCUCAAGAAUUCGAGCUGGAUGUGCCAAUGGCUCUUCGAACAUAUUGGGAACAGGAGCUGUCAGCAGCAAGCUCCAGCCAUUUUCUGAAGACGCACCCGGCUUUGGAUGAACCCGGCUGUGAUCUCGAUUUGGUGGUUCCACUGCGAUUGUAUGGCGAUGGUGCCGAUGCCUACCGACGGCAGAAGUUCGAAAUUCUGACACUCGUGACCGUCCCCAAGACUGCUAUCAUGUAUGAAUGCCACCUUCUGCAACCAACCUGCACGGGACCUACUGCUUACCGUUGUGGCGUGGAGCUUCAACUGCCUCAGCCGCUGGGCUGCCAACGGAUUUGCGGCCCCUACGUGUGCAUUUUCGAUGGGUUUCAAGCCGACUGGGAGUACCACAAGCUGGCUCUGGGCCUGAAUCGCUUCUACAACAAGAAGCUCACAUGUCAUCUCUGCUCUGCUCUCCAAUGGGUCAAUGCUGCUGCCAAGCCGGGUGAACCUAACAACGUGGAGCUGCUCUAUUCUUGCUUCGGGCACCACGCCCAACACCGGAGUACUUUGAUCACGACCAACGAGGAUUUCGUCGAAGUGCAUGGCGUGACCGAUGAUGCUACGAUCGUGGAAGGUUCAUCACGAGAAAAGCGAUUGGAUCUUAUCUGGAAGGACUACCGAUCCUGGCACUUGUGGGACGUGGCCGCAGCUUUUCGGGACAUGGAGAUGUUGAUGAUCCACAAUGGGCACUCGAUCAGCACUGGGUGUAAACGUAUCUCAAUUGCAAACGAGAAUUUAACAGAGCAUCCAAGGCGCUUUUUCGACCAAGCAUCGGCCGACCAGUAUGAGCAAGCUUACCUGGUGCUGCGGUUUGGGUUCAACGAGCUUGCUGCGAGUGCGAUAUCUAGAGGCCUUCCGAGGUACCACUUUCGCCCUAAACUCCACCUAUUGGAACAUGCAGUCCUAGAUUUCAGACCUAGGAACCCUAGAUACUUCAGCAACUAUUUAGGGGAAGACGCGAUACGCCGCAUAAAAGCCCUUGCAUGCAAAGCUCCGGUGCGCAACAUGUCGCAUAACGUUCUUUUGCGCUAUACUGUGCAAAUGGGACUUCAGUGGCGGAGAGAGGCCUAA